UGUGCGUGUAGCAAAAGUGAAAAGAAAACGCCAUCAGCAGCAAGUGAAAACGCGCUCCGCAUAAUUUUCUGUGAACAUUCUAUCAAAAUCGGUGAUUUCUCCGCUUGCAAAGUAGCGUAAAGUGUACCGCAAAGCGCUCAGCCAUGUCCGGAAGACGACUACCGGCCAACGAGGAUCUCUCGAACGUAGAAUUCGAAACCAGCGAAGAUGUCGAGGUGCUGCCAACUUUCAACUCCAUGGCGCUCCGCGAAGAGCUGCUGCGGGGUGUUUAUGCUUACGGCUUCGAGAAACCAUCGGCCAUCCAGCAGAGAAGCAUCCUACCGAUCGUGAAGGGACGCGAUGUCAUUGCACAGGCCCAGUCCGGUACCGGUAAAACGGCUACCUUCUCGAUUGCUAUCCUGCAGUCGAUGGACACGACACUGCGCGAGACACAGGUUCUCUGUCUUUCGCCGACGCGUGAAUUGGCCGUCCAGAUUCAGAAGGUUAUUCUGGCGUUGGGAGACUUUAUGAACGUCCAGUGUCACGCCUGUAUCGGUGGAACGAAUCUGGGCGAGGAUAUCCGGAAGCUGGAUUACGGUCAGCAUGUGGUCAGUGGAACGCCAGGUCGCGUGUUCGAUAUGAUCAAACGUCGGGUGCUGAGAACCCGGUCCAUCAAGAUGUUGGUCCUGGACGAAGCCGACGAGAUGCUGAACAAAGGAUUCAAGGAGCAGAUCUACGAUGUGUACCGGUAUCUGCCGCCGGCGACGCAGGUGUGCCUAAUUUCGGCUACACUUCCGCACGAGAUUCUCGAAAUGACAUCCAAAUUUAUGACCGAUCCGAUUCGUAUUCUGGUCAAACGUGAUGAAUUGACACUGGAAGGUAUCAAGCAGUUCUUCGUCGCUGUGGAACGCGAAGAGUGGAAAUUUGAUACCCUUUGCGACUUGUACGACACGCUGACCAUCACGCAGGCAGUCAUCUUCUGCAACACCAAGCGCAAGGUCGACUGGCUGACGGAGAAGAUGCGCGAGGCUAACUUUACGGUCAGUUCCAUGCACGGCGAUAUGCCGCAGAAGGAGCGUGACGAAAUCAUGAAGGAGUUCCGCUCGGGACAGAGUCGGGUGCUGAUUACGACCGACGUUUGGGCUCGUGGUAUCGACGUGCAACAAGUAUCGCUGGUCAUUAAUUACGAUCUGCCGAACAAUCGUGAGUUGUACAUUCAUCGCAUUGGUCGUUCGGGUCGGUUCGGUCGCAAGGGUGUGGCGAUCAACUUUGUCAAGAGCGACGACAUUAGGAUUCUGCGAGAUAUCGAACAGUACUACUCGACGCAGAUCGAUGAAAUGCCAAUGAAUGUGGCGGAUUUGAUUUAGAGAAAGAGAACGCACGGGGACGUGGAGAUGGAACGUGAGUUUUACUUUGCAUAUUACACACACACAAUAUUUCGAGUAUUUAAAAUCUAUUAGCCAAUAAGUAUCUGAAUGAGUAAAAAUGUAUAACAAGCUGUAAUCACAUAACGAAAUUACUACUUGAUCAACUGGUAGGUAACACAUGUAAUUACGAUCAUCAUCAAUUUGGUCUACCAAUAAAGAGAGGAAACUCUUUCAAUCUCAGUAAA